GUAUAUACAAAAGUGGGUUGUUACACAUACCUUUUUCAUCAAUAUAAAUGUAUGUUCCUCUCUCUAUACACCCAUACACCAUCACUACUCUUAUUCUUACACUACUACUCCACUGACUUGUUGGAUAUAUAUACAAUACAAUAGGUUGGAAGAAAUUAUUAUGGCCAAUAAUUCUAUUCUAUCAUCAUCACUAAUCUGUUGCUUAUUAUUUCUUUUGUUGAAUCACCAUUAUUGGAUCUUUGUUGAAGCUGCUCCUUCAGGUUCUCUUGUUACACAGCUCCCUGGCUUUGAUUCCAAUUUCCCAUCCAACCAUUACUCCGGAUACAUAAAUAUUGAUGGAAAUGGUGAGAAUGGGAAGAACCUGUUCUACUACUUGGUUAGUUCAGAAAGAAAUCCAAAGAAGGAUCCACUUGUUCUGUGGCUCAAUGGUGGUCCUGGCUGCUCUAGUUUUGAUGGAUUUGUUUAUGAGCAUGGACCGUUCAACUUUGAGGCAGCAAAAUCAAAAGGGAGUCUCCCCACUUUGCAUACUAAUCCUUACAGCUGGUCUAAGGUUUCAAAUAUAAUAUAUUUGGAUUCUCCAGCGGGGGUUGGGCUCUCAUACUCCAAGAACUCAACCAAAUAUGUUACUGGGGACCUACAAACCGCGUCUGAUACCCAUGCUUUCCUCGGUUACAUGGUGGGUAAUGGUGUCACGGACGAGAUUUUUGAUGGAAAUGCUCUUCUCCCAUUUGUGCAUGGAAUGGGCCUCAUAUCCGACAGUAUCUAUGAGGAUGUAGAAACUUCCUGCAAGGGAAACUUCUACAAAUAUUACUCUGAGGAUGCUGAAGAUAAUAAUAAUGAUGAUUCAUGCAGUAAGAGCUUUGAAAAAGUUGAUAGGGCUAUCGACGGCCUUAACGUGUAUGAUAUAUUGGAACCAUGUUACCAUGAAGGAGAUUCAAAUUCAGCAUGGAUAAAAGCAGCCAUUGCUAAUGGAACAUUGCCAAAGAGUUUUCAAGAAUUAGGGUUCACUAAUAAUAAUGAUGAGAGGCAUCUCAAAGUGAGGAAGAGGAUGUUUGGUAGAGCUUGGCCUUUUAGGGCACCUCUCAAACAAGGCCUUGUUCCUUUAUGGCCCCAAUUAUUGGCUCAAACCAGACAUGUUGCUUGUGUUAGUGAUGUAGUUGCAAGUUCAUGGCUAAACAACAAUGCAGUAAGGAAAGCCAUUCAUGCUGAGGAGGAAAGUGUGACAGGGGCAUGGGAAUUAUGCACCGGAAAGAUAGAAUACAGUCAUGAUGCUGGAAGCAUGAUUCCUUACCACAAGAACCUAACUGCCCUUGGUUAUAGGGCACUUAUUUUCAGUGGAGACCAUGAUAUGUGUGUUCCAUUUACCGGAAGUGAAGCAUGGACUCGCUCACUUGCAUAUAACAUUAUUGAUGAAUGGAGACCGUGGAACUCCAAUGGCCAAAUUGCUGGAACCUUAUCUUUCUUACAGUUAAGGGAGCUGGGCACACAGUGCCAGAGUAUAAACCACGUGAGGCACUUGAUUUUUACACUCGUUGGUUGGAAGGAAGACCAAUAUAAUUUAUUAUUAGUAGUAGUAGUAAAUGCAUUUAUAUCAAUCAAUUAAUCAAUUAUCAAAUAUAGUAUACAUAUGGCGUAGUAGCUUAUACUUUAUAGAAUAAUACAUAGGCCACCAAAGUACUCUUAUUGUCAUAGCAAUGUAACCUUUCAACUUGUGCCUCCCAAUAUUUCUUUGCAAUUGUCAUAUAUGCUCUAAUUUUUAUGGAAUUUCUUACAUAUUGACAAAUCAAUUUAGCUA